AUGUCGUUCCUACGGUUACCUACCAUUGGCAAGGCUGUGAAAAAAAAGCGGCAGUAUGACACAGGAUUAAUAGCGAAGGCAUACAAGGAGGUUGUUGAAUCAGGGAUGUCUGUGUAUAAGGCAGCCAUACUGUAUGGGCUACCAGAGUCAACCCUGCGUGAUAGGACCCUUGGAUUGCAGCCAGUGACCAAUGAACACGAGAAUUUGCCAAGCUUAGGUCAGCCACCCACAUUUACUGCUAAUGAAGAAAAGCAACUAGUUGAACACUUGACAUACAUGGCAAGCAUUGGCUAUGGUUACACCCGGUCAGAGCUGCUUAACCUAGCCACCGACUGGGCAAUUACACUCCACCGGAAGAAGCAGAGUGACCCACAAUUUGCUUCUUCGUGGUAUACUGGCUUCAAGCGAAGAAACCCUGAUGUAACAUUAGCCAAGCCACAAAAGCUCUCAGUGCUCAGAGCAAAGUGCACGUCAGAGGAAACAAUAAACAAGUAUUUUGCAGAGCUAGAAAAGGUGAUGAAGAAGCAUGAUCUUGACAAUCAUCCUGAACUAAUCUGGAAUAUUGAUGAGACUGGGCUAAUGAUGGAACACAAUCCUCGCCAUGUUGUCUGUGUGAAAGGCAUGACACCCCAGGCCAUUACUUCAAGUAGGGGGAAGACUGUGACCAUUAUAGCAUGUGGAAGUGCGGCGGGCAUCAGACUACCUCCAUAUUAUGUAUUCCCAGGUAUAAGAUGGAACCCUGACUUGUUGACUGGGGCUAGCCCUGGAUCAGUUGGUAUCAUGACAGAGUCAGGUUGGUCCAACUCACUUGUAUUUAUGGAGUAUUUGAAGCAGCACUUCUUGAGGCAUGUGACAACAAAGGACCAUCCUGUUAUGAUCCUGUUUGAUGGCCACAAAUCACACAUCAACCUUACAUUAUCUGCAUGGGGAGAAGCCAACAAUGUUGUAUUUUUUGUCCUUCCACCACACACUUCUCAUGUGACUCAGCCCCUUGAUGUUGAGUGUUUCGGGCCUCUCAAAAACAUCUAUCACAGCGAGUGCCAGUCUUAUAUGCGAAGAAAUCCGGGAAUGCAAAUUAACCGAUACAAUAUCGCUGAGAUUUCAAGCAAAGCAUACAACAAGGGUGUCUGUGCUGAAAACUUAAUAAGUGCCUUCAGGAAGACUGGAGUAUUUCCACGAAGGAGAUAUUCAAUAACUCCUGCCAAAACUGCUCCUUCUGCCAUCUACACUAUCGACCAUACCGGUGACCAUGUGCAUUCUAUAGCGAACAGUCAAGACGUACAGCCUGAGUCCUUUCUAGAAAGCAGAAGAAUACUGAAAGCAGUGGAGACAACCAAAAAGGCAAGAAAAAGGAAGCCCACCAUCAUGGGAGAUAUAACAUCUCCAUCAAAGAAAGAGCUGAUGACGCCAAAUGAAAAUGUCAAGAAACCAAAGAAGACAGUCAAAGAGAAGAAAACCAAAAAUGCACACCUUUCACCUGUGCCUGGUCCAUCUGGCUAUUGUAAAAUUCUGGCUUCAAGUGACACUGAGAGUGAAUGUUCAUAUGAAGUUGCAGAGGAGGACUUGUGCUGUGUCUGCCGGAAGUUUUCACCAGAGCCCAUGAACGUUGCCUUCACGAUAGAACUGGUGAAUUGGGGCGAGUGUGACAAAUGCGGCCACUGGACUCACCUUAAAUACUGCAGUCAAGUGAAAGUUAUACGGAGGCAGGAUGAGUUCUUGUGUCCAUGCUGUGAAUAA